AUGCUCAACCAUUCGUGCAUCAACUGCGCGCGCAAGAAGAUCCGAUGCGACGGCAACAUCCCCUGCAACCAUUGCGUGGCAAAGGGGGCUCACUGCCAGCGUGUCGUGCGCAAGGCUCGGGAGCGCCGGGCCGAUCGCGAGAUGAAGCUGCACCACGACGAGCAUGAGGCCUCGAGCGCGCUCCUCGACAUGGGCCUCACGCCCUCGCACUCCCUCUUGGGCUCUCUGCGCCUCUGCGAAGAGCUCAUCACCCUUGUCUUUUACGGAAGAGUGGCUGCGAGCAUCCAUGGCUGCAUCCACAUGCCCCGUCUCAUGGAGCAUCUCCGCGCCGUGGCAUCCGGCGGGGAGCACGUGUCCGACGAGGCCCAGGCGCUCGUGUAUGCUACCAUGGCCGUGACGAUCCAACUGACACCGCGACACGGCGAACAGGCGGACCUCUACGUACGAGCACAACGGCUCGGAGGCGACAUGUCGCCGCUGCAGAGGCAGGAGCACCUCUACGACGACGCAUGCGCCAUCAUGGAGAGACUCAGCAACACCCAGCUCGGCCUCGAGGGCGUCCAGGCUCUUAUCCUGCUCCACCAGUACGACAAACACCCUGAAGCCGACUUUCACCACAGGGCGAGAAACGCGCUGCUGUCGCUCGAGGCCCAUCGCAUUCAGAAGCCCUUUUCGACGAGCGAUCCCGACGGAUACCGCAAGGAGAUGCUGCUCCGGUGCUGGUGGCUCCUCGUCGUCCGCGACUGGUUCAGCGCCACGACGAAGCUCUUUUACUCCAUUCACCCGGCCCAAAUGACGACAAGGAUGCCCAGUCCUGAUGCCGAUUGCAGCCCCGAGGGCAGGCGUGUCCUGUCUAGCAACCGAUGGGGCGAGGUCAGAUAUUCGCUCGAGCUCAUCAAGCUGGCCUCGACGGUGCGUGAGCUCGUCGAUGCAAGGCUCUCAGAAGGCGGCUGGCGCUUUGGCCAGCUCGUCGAGGAGCGCUUCUGCCAGCUGGCCGCCUCGCUGAGCGCCGACAUGCGCAUCGAGGCACCCUUCUACACACGAGACUGGCCAACAAAGGGAAAGAGCCCCUUUGACGAUGACCUCUACGCGGAUCACGUUCGCCAGGAAAAGGACCGCUGGUUCUUGCAUCAGGCCCUCUUCCACGCCUACCUCGAGCUCCAAAGCCACGCCGAUGACGCUGCGCUUACCAGCCAUACGAGCGUGACGCUCGCCCGGCAUAUUCUCGACAUCAGCGAUCGGAUCCGAAACCGCUGCGCCGUCGUUGACUCGUUUCGCGUAAACUCUUCCGCAUCUCUCAAAGCCUGCUCUGUGCUGCUCAUGGCUGAGUUGGCCUCCAACACGGGCUUCUUGAGCCGCUGUGUCCUGACAUCGCGCAUCGAGGGCGUGCUGCGCAAAUGCGAUACCACCAAGACACAUCAGGAGGCCAGCAUCGUACGCGCGCUGCUGGAGCGCAUGCGCACAACGCCACCUCUCACGCCACCUACGAGCUCCGGUGCCCCAGAACGGGAUCAUUCAGAUUCAGCAGUCCUGCAGCACCAGCAGCAACAGCAGUCACACUCGGCCGCAUCCGAUGGGCCUCCGCAGCUCGCGACCAUGUCUCAACAAGCGCUGCUCGCCGCAGCCUCGUCCUCGGUGCUUCCCGAUGAGAUCUACGACUGGCAACUCAGCAUGCCCUCGGAUACAGCCGUAAGCCCCGGCUUCUUGGUGAACUCGCUGUUCGAGGGCAAGAUGCACUCUUUUGAAGAUCUUUUUCCCUCGGCCAUUGAUCCCAGCCUCCAGCCGUCAAACGCGUCGCAGCGACCGGUCGCGGCUACAUAG